AUGGCGACGCUAAUCAUUAACCCAGCAGUGUGUUGUGGAGAGGAGCAAAAUGAGCAGAAGAAACGACAGCGGCCACGCGACAUGUCGCUGGCUGAGCCACCUCACACCAUGGAGAUAGCGCAGAUCCUCAUGUCCUUGCUGCACGCCUGGGGCUUAGAUCCAGACCUGGACAGAGUCUGCGAGUCGAAACUGGGUCUACUCAGACCAAUGGUACCGGUAUGUUUCGGAGUUGUAUCCCGCCAUGGUCACAUGGCAGUCCAACUACCGAGUUGGCUGGGCACUUGGGUCGACUCGUGCGCACACAUUCCUGGUGACCACAUGCUGCUGACCUCGAAUCUGCCACCCGAGUUGGUUGCACAGGAGAAAUUGACCAGAUUGUUCACGUCAAAGCUACACUGGGAACUGAGCACGACGUUGACCACCAACCACCUGCUGUCAAUCGUUGCUCUAGCCAAUACCCUAAUGUCCAUGAGCAAUGCAAGCUUUGUGCCUGAACAGGAGGUGGCGAGGAGGCUCCACCGACCCACGACGCGUACAUCGUCCUGGGGCGGUGAUGAAGAAAGAGAGGAGCAGAUAGCUGCUCAACAAGCACAUAUAAAGCAGGGUUGGUCCUUGCUCGCGACGCUCCACUGUGUCUUGCUACCUGAUAAAGUGGUUGCUGCUGGUGCAAAAAGUUUCAAGCGCCCGCAAGUGGAAAUGCUAGCUCGCAGAUGGCAGCACCAUUGCUUGGAAGUGCGGGACGCUGCGCAGGCGCUUUUACUCGCCGAACUAGCCCGGCUAGGUCCUAAAGGUCGCAAGGCCCUGGUGGACAACUGGGCCCAAUACCUACCUUUAUACACUCACAUUGAGAGUAUCAAUCCGCAAGCUGCGCAAAAGGAGCCCGCUGAGAAACUCGCCAAAGAUCCUGAAGAAGAGUUCGAAGAGGAAGAAGAAGAGAUAGUCCGCAAACCUUCUUCCAUUGCAGAACUUAAAAGGAAACAGACAACAGCGGUUGUGUUGCUUGGAGUUAUUGGCGCCGAGUUCGGACAAGAUAUUACUAGUGAAGGUGCAGGAAACAAAAAACGAAAAGACAGUGAUAGCAGAAAGAGUUCUAUAGUAGAAGGUUUCACACUGAGCUCUUCAAACAACCUAGCACGUCUAACUGCGCUGGCGUUGACACACUUACUUCUUGCUCCCGGCUCCGCUCGUUUACCUGCGCAUACGCCACUUCGCCGCGCCGCAGUUGAUCUUUUGGGUCGCGGCUUCGCUGUUUGGGAACCUUAUUUGGAUGUCAGUCAUGUUCUAUUGGGCCUAUUGGAGAUGUGUUCUGACGCUGAUAAGUUGGUGCCAUCGAUGACGUAUGGUUUGCCACUAACGGCUCAAGCUGACUCGUGCAGAACAGCCAGACACGCGCUUACGCUUAUUGCUACGGCGAGGCCUGCGGCGUUUAUAACAACAAUGGCCCGUGAGGUAGCAAGAUGCGCCUCCGCCCCGGCUGGCGCUCCGCCCCCACCAGCUGCUUUAGCCCUUCAGCGUGGAAGAGCGGAAGUCUUGAGGGGCAUUGAACUACUCAUAGACAGAAUGCAUCAUGAGGUCGCACCUCUUCUUGUUGAGGUGAUGGAUAUAAUCCUACACUGCGUGGAUCAAUCACACUUGAAGAGUAAGGGUCUGAACGAGGUGUUCCCAGCUAUCUGUCGAUACAACCAGGUUUCGCAUUGCCCUGCUACGAGGAGAAUUGCAGUUGGCAGUCACACUGGCCAACUGGCCAUAUACGAGCUCCGAGCUGGCAGAUGUCAGUCCCUAGCUGCCCAUUCCGGUCCAGUGACCGCCUGCGCAUUCAGUCCUGAUGGAAGGUACCUGGUCUCCUAUGCGACGGCUGAUAAUCGACUCUCCUUCUGGCAAAGCAGUGCGGGUAUGUUCGGACUGGGAGCAGCACAGACAAGAUGCGUAAAAUGCUACAGCACAGCGCCUAUGGCAGACGUCGCCAGACUAAACCCGGCGCGUCUCGCCAGACUGGUUUGGAGUUCUUCACGUUCUGUCACCCUUAUGCUGGCUGAUGGCUCUGAAACUAGGUUCAAUAUAUAA